AUGGUAAACCAAUUAUAUGGAAAGUACACUUUAUCCAAUAAAUUGUUAAACUAAUCAACAUUAAUUGAUUUCCAAAUAGUUGAAUAAAUUGAAGUAGACUAAUCAGAUUAGAAUUACCUGACCUUUGGUAUUUGGACAAAAUAUAGUCCAUUAGCUAAUAUAAAAUUGAAGGAUGCUUACGGACUAUUUGACAGUAAUUGCUUUUAGAUACUAAAUUCAGUCGAUUACCCUACUUUAAGUCUGAAUUUUAUUCAAUAUGAUUGCAUCUAUGAUACCACAAAAGAGAUCAAAAAAUUCAUCUAAAUUGGAUUUAGUUAGACUGAAUAGUUUAUAUUUUCAUUACAAAUAGAGCCUUUUGAAUAUGAAGACUUUUGGUAUUUUUUUUAAGUUAUCACGAAUGUCUAGAAAAAAAGUGUAGAAUUAAUAAUUUAUUUUUAAAUAAAUUAAAUGUUUAAAGAAACUCUCCAACUUUCUUUGCCGAAUAAGGAUUAGCAAUUGCUAUUUACUUUUGGGGGGAGUUUAAAAGUAGAGAAUUCAAAUAUUGAAUUAAUCAAAUAAGGAACAAUAUUCUCGCUUUAUCCAGGCUAAGUAAUUUUAUAUAACAAGGAGAUGAAGAGAAUACCUUUAGAUUUUGAUUGUUGGCUGUAAAUUACUAAAUUUUAUGAAGAGAUAGACAAUUGUAAAUGUGUUACCGAUGUUGAUAUAACAAAGAAAAAUUUUCAUUUACUAUUUUUAGACCAAUAGACUAAUGUUUUGAAGAAUUUAAAUUGCAAUUCAUACGUACUUGCUGGAUGGCUGUAGGUAUCACAAAUUCAUCAAUCUUCUUAAGAAUUCAUAUAUUAAUUCAUUAAAAUAAGUUCAAAUUUGGAUGGAAUAUAAGAUGAAAAUUUAGACACAUUUUAGUUUUUUUAUCAAAUUUCUCCGAUUCAAAAUAAAAUAAUAAUUUCAACUUAUAAAUACAAUUUCCCUUCUGUUACAUAAGAUUUUGGAAAUAAUCCAUGUAUAAUUAGAAGAGAAUUACUAAUAUAAAAUGCUAUAACUUCAUGGUAAUAUAUAUAUGUAAAUCUACAAGAAAGUGUGUUAGAUUUCUCAAUCAUAUUUUAUGAAGCUUAAAAUACAUAAUCAUAUGAAACUACAAUUGAUGUUAAGUAAUUCCAUAAUUAUUAGUUAAAAAUUACUUACGGAAACAUUUAAUAAACAAAAUUAGAUUAUUUGGAUGUGAUUGUUAGAGAUUUGCUAUUAAUCAAUUGUUUGUAAGAUUUAAAAUCAGAGAAAUGUCAUUUUAGCUGUUAAGAAUGUGAUGGUCCCACUAAGUUUAAUUGUUUAAUUUGUCCUGUAGAAUCAAAAAGAAUUUAUAUUCCAGAAUCAAAAUAAUGUGCUUGUUCAUACGGUACAAUUGAUUAUAAUAAUUAAUGCAUUGAUUAUAUGGACUAAAACCUUGAGUUAAACCUCUAGUUUAAUGUCAAAUAAGCACAAAAUUUAAAUUGUAAAAUGGGUUACUUUGAAUUUGAAGGCGAUUGUAUAAAAUGGUAAAUAUCAUUUUACUAUUAUUUAGCCCUUAAGGAAUCUACAAAGAUUUCUUAAUUUGCCAUGAUUGUUUUUAAAAUGUAGAUACAUGGAGCUUAAAACCAAUUUGUACUUAAAUUUUGUAAUUAACUUCAAUGUCUGGUUAAUAUAUAGCCCCAAAAAUCGACAAUUUUUAUUUUUAUGAUUCUUCUGACCUAAUCUCUAUCAAACCACCUCAGAGUGAAGGCACUGGUAUUCAAAAUAAGUCAAUUCUAUUUGAAAAUUUCAGGUAAAGUUCUGAAAUUUUCUUUUCUUUUUGUAAUGAAAGAGAAAGCAUAUUUAAUUAAUUAUGUUAUCCUUGCACCAUUCGUUUUUGUUAAAGUUGUGGUUUAACAAUAAAUAGUAAUAUUUUUUGUUUAAGAUGCGAUCAAAGCCAUAAACUUGUUAAUGGUGAAUGUAACUAUUAAUAAAAAUUUAAUUAUGCAUCAUGUUUGCCCCCAUAUUAUGCAUCCUCGUCUAGAGAGUGUAAGCUAUGCACAUUAGAGAAUUGUUUAUAUUGUUUUGAAUUUUCAUCUUCUUUAGAAACUUUUAUUAGCAUUAAAUAAGAUGAUUUAUAUUAUAAUGACAUCAAUAGUGUAAGAGUAGGUUGUAUGUUAUGUGAAAAAGAUUAUAACUUUAAUUUCAAUCUUGGAAGAUGUUUAAAAAAACCUCCAUCUAUUAAUAAUUGUGUAGCAUCAGUAACAAAACUAACUAAUGAAGAAAUAUGCUUAACAUCUUCUUUAGAUUAUUUUCAAGUUUCAAGAGAGAUAAAUCAAUGCGAUUCAUUUAUAUCCAAUUGCUCAAUCUGUUUUCUUGAUUAUAAUAACAAAUUAACAUGCUUAGCUUGUGAAUCUAAUUAUGUAAUAGUUAGUGGAAUCUGCUAUGAAAGCGAAGAGUAAAGUGCUUUAUAUUUAAAUGAAUUCUGGAGUUUGAAGGUAACAAGUUUUUUAAUGAACCUUUAUUAAAAUUAUAACUAUAAUACACCUCUGCAAUUGUAUCCUUGUGGAAAUUUUUGUAAUUCAUGCAAACUCUCAUUAGGAGAGUAUUAUUGUGAAGAAUGCGAUUAAAUAGAAACAAGUUAGAGGUUUAAUGAUAUUAAUAAUAUUUGUAAAACAUGUUCCCCACUUUGUCAGAUUUGUAUAGAACAGCUUUAAGUUGAUAUCCAAGUAAGUAUAUAUUGAUUGUAUUUAGAAAAUUGCACCAUUCCUUUAAACCUCAUAUUUAUAAGAUCUCUAUACAAAAAAAUGUAUUUUCCCUUUUAUAGAUCCUUUUAUUAGCUACAACCCUUAUUUAAAAACUACUUAAUAUUGUUUGAAAGGCGAUUGCAAUAAUGAACUAACUUAUGAAAUUAUUUAAUAUGGUUGUUUUUUUGAUAGGUUUCCAAAAGAACUGGAUUAUUUUGGAAUUCAAACUGAAUAUUUGAAUAGUAUUGGAGCUGUUUCUAUGACCGUAAUUAUCAGAAUAGUACUAGAAGAUGAAUAUUGUACUCUAAUACCUACAAUAGCAACAACUGCUUCUUUAAAAUUUGAUGUGUUUACUUUAGAAAUUAUAAAUUUGAAAUUAUUAACAACUUAUCCUUUUUUCUUACAUAUUUAUAGUUAGAUUCAUAUAGAGGAGUACGAUUCCUUUACAAUGAUCGACUAUGGCAUUGUAUUCCCUAACUUAACUAUGGAAGAUUUUAAUAUCAGUAAUAGCUAUAAUGAAGUCAAUUUUACAUUAAUAAAUAUUACAAUAAAGGAUAGUUUAAUACAAAAUGUUCAAUCCUUAUUUAAAACAAAGAACUUUGGUUAUGUAGAUCUAUAAAAUAUAUCAAUAGUUAAUUCUCAAUUUAUUAAUUCAUCACUCUUUAACUUUAACAAAUUUAACUUAAUGGGGAAUGUUAGAAUCAAUUAAUUACACUUAUUUAAUUGUACUUUUAAUAACUUAAAUUUGUUUGAAUUCUCUUACACCUAAUUUUCAAUUUCAUUAAUUAACCUUACUAUGGACUAAUGUUCUCUAUACAAUUCAGCUGUUUUUAAUUUUUUUGCUUAAAAUCCUUUUGAUGUUCAAAUAUAUCUUUUGAGCAUAUCAAUUUAAAGAUCAAAUUUUAAUCAUUCUUAUUAUUUUUAUUGUUCCUAAUAAAUUGACCUUAUUGCAAAUAAUUUAGUCUUUAAUUUCAAUGAAUUAUUAAAUUCUAUUAUAUUUGGAUUUAGUUCUGGUUUAAAUUCAUCCUAUAUUGAAAUUAUAAACAAUAUAUUUAUUGAAUCUUCAUUUAUUUCAACAAUAUAAUUAAUAAAUAAAUAAUUAGCAUCUUGCAAUUUAAUGUACUUAAUAAUAAGAAAUAACCGAUUUCAAAAUUCAAAUUUGGUUCGACUUUUAUCAGAUUUAUCGUCAAGUGAACUCUUCAUAAGACUAGACAAUGUACUUAUUGAAUAUAAUGAAGGAUUAAUUUUAAGUAGUAAAGGUUAACAAAGUUAUACUCUCAAUCAGGUAAGUUGUUUGUUUAACCUCAAUGGCUAGACUAUUAUUUUGA